AUGAUGAAUGCUCAUUUAAAGGCUGGUCAAUACGAUCAAGUGGAUGAACUUUGGCGGCUUGGUUUCUCGAACGCGAUUGAGCUAUCCAUACCCUUGGAUAUCAACGAACUCUUCAGUGGUAGACAAUCAACAACAGGCACUACUUCUGCAACGGGUGAUGUACCCACCGACAAGGCUUCCGCCUCAGGAUCCGAUAAAGAGACAUCAGGAGCUCUGGCACCCCCGAAUUCUCUUCAACAGAUCCAGGGCAAGAACAAGAAAAUCAUCCCAUCGCGUCGUUUCAUAUUAUCACGUCUUUUAAGCACUUACUUGAAGUCACUCGCCUACCGCGGAGAACGGUCUAAAAUUACCGAAACGGUCGCCAAGUUCGAAGCGGCUGGAUUCGCAUUAUCUGCUCUCAAUCGUUCGACCAUUAUCGAAAUACUCGCUGAGUCUGAUGACUUCACAGAUGUGGCUGGAGCUUUUGAGCUCUUUGAGACCCAGUUCAUGCCCAACUUCAUUUCAUGGAAGCACAUGAGAAACCAGCAAGGUCUGAAGCCUCCAAAUGUCCCCAAACAUGUCUACACUCUCGAAGAUCGGAGAACGCCUCAGCAUUCGUCGCGAGUACUUGGCAAGUUUGCAAAGCUCUACUGGGCCAACAUGGACCCAGGCUUCUUACAGCCUUCAUAUUUGACAAUGGUCUCACUGGCGGCGGCAGUGAAACGACUGCGCAAUAGGACCAUCUUGCAUGGAGGUGAUGAGAUCCAGAAACUCUAUCAACUCGCCCCAUCCACAUUAGAUGCGCUAGGUACCAUGCCUAUGUACGCAGACAAGAUUCAGGCUGUUCUUCUACGCAAUCAUGCCCCGCGUCGGGGUCUUCGGCCGCGACCUGUGCGAUAUCCUAUUCGUCCUGGUGGCAUCCUCGGACGAGGCAUCCACCCAUGGAAGAGCCGUCCAAAGCAUUCGUCUAGGGAUAUACCUGGAGGUGUUCUCGAGGACAAGCCAACCGGCGCGUCUGAUGCAAUGGACGAAUGGUAUUCCAUGUUGGGCAUAGAUGUUGUCGAUCAGCGCGUCACAGACAUGCCGUCUGCAAAUGAUUUUGGCGAAUCCCGGCUAUUCGCUCAGAAAGAUACCACUUCCGAAGACUGGGAGAAGUUCCUUAGUAUUGAGGACCGCACAGACUUGAAAUUCGAAAUUGUGCGUGACCGGGCAAUUCGUCAGUCCCGAAAAUAUCGACAAAAGGAGUUGACUCGAACCCGAAGCUCUCCACAAAAGGGGAGUCGGCGUCGACCUUGA